UCUAUUCUAUCGAUCUUAACUGUAUUGAGUGUGGUGUUGUGUUGUGUUGUGUCCAGCAGGAGGCGAUGCGGGACAGGCUGAGUUCGCUGCGCUCUCUCUCCGGCCAGCAGGGGGCGUUGGAGAGCAGAAACUCAUUCGACAGGGACUCAUUCAAUGGGGACUCCUUCAACAGAGACUCGUAUAGCAGGGACUCAUUCAAUGGGGAUUCUCAUAACAGGGACUCAUUCAGUGGGGAUUCUUAUAGCAGGGACUCAUUCAAUUUACAUAGCAGAGACUCGCGUAGGGAAUCGCAUAGCACGGACUUGCGUAGGGAAUCGCAUAGCAGGGACUCGCAUAGCACGGACUUGCGUAGGGAAUCGCAUAGCACGGACUUGCGUAGGGACUCGCAUAGCAGGGACUCGCGUAGGGAUUCGCAUAGCAGAGACUCCCAUGGCAGACACUCCUUUAGGGAGUCAGUCAGCAGUGAGUCCUUUAGCCAUUUGACUCUGGGAGAGGAAGAGGAGGGGGAUGAUGGAGAAGAAGAAGAAGAAGAGGAGGAGGAGAGAAGAGAGGAGCGCAGCGGCAACACAGAGGAGGUGGAGCAGGUGCUGCAGGAGGCUCAGGAGGUGCGACGGGAGAUCCAACUGCUGAAACUUGACGUCAAGCGUCUGCGUGAUCAGAACGCGCGGCUCCUGAGUAACCCCUGCGCCACCUCUGAAGGUCAUCAGGAUGCCAACGCCAUCGGGCAGGAGAUUAAGACACGCGGAGAGGAGGUGCUGGGUCGUCUUCGUCAAAUGGAUGAGCGUUCUCGGCGGCGAGAGGAAGAGCUCGGUGUGAAUGCGGUGGCGGCGCGAAUCGGCCGAACGCAGUACGUCUGCCUUAGCAACGGUUUCCGAGACGCCAUGAGGGACUACCAGCAGGCGGAGACGAGUCAUCGUGAGGCGUGCUCCAAUCACAUCCGGCGGCAGAUGGAGAUCGUAGGCCGCGACAUGACGUCCGAGCAGCUGGACGAUAUGAUGGAGAGCGGACAGUGGAACGUCUUUGCAGAUAACCUGCUCGCUGAGGGCAAGACAGCGCGCACUGCCCUUAAUCAGAUUGAGCGUCGGCACCAGGACCUUCUGGAUCUGGAACGGCGUAUCAGGAGUGUCCACGAGGUCUUUCUGGACGUGGCCAUGCUAUUGGAGGAGCAGGGUGCCAUGGCAACAAGCAUCCAGCUGACUGUGGAGCAAACCGAGGUUGCUACAGGAGACGCCGUCGCCAAGAUCGAGUCGGCCAAGAAAUAUGACCGCAAAAACCCCUUGAAGAAGUUAAUGUUCUGGAGACGCUAACACACACAAACAC